AUGCUUAAGGAGAAGUUGCUUUCUACUAUGUUUAUGAGUGAGAUUAAGAUAUUGAUGUAGUUUAGAAAGAAGAUAAAGACUAAUGAGAUGCGUUCGAAGCAGAAGCGGUAGCUGAAUGCUAUGCUUAUUAUAAAGAUGGACUACUUAAUAAAAAUGGUUGCUAUUAAUUCUGCUGCGAGCGAUGGUCAAAGAGACUCGAUAACUGAGUUAACAAAUAGAAGCUAAUAAGAAUCUCAACAGUCUAAUAAAUAAGAGUUAUAAUGGCUUUUGAUUUAGCCGAAGAGAUUGGGAUUCAUAUUUUCUUUAAUAAUUUAUAGAUAAUUUUUUUAAUAGAGCUUGUUUUCUUAUCUCCCUUUUUCAUAGAGAGAAUCUGAGAAGAAACAUUUUUUAUUAUCUUGGCUUGUGAUUGAAGACCUUGCUACUUUUUAGGAUUUUUCAUAUAUUAUUGUUGUUAUUGUUUUUUACUAUCUUUAUUCUCGCAAGUCCCUUAAUUUUUAUAGCUUGUAUUUGCGCUAAUAACACCUGAGGAAAUAUUUUCUGCACGACUACUUAUGCUAAUAUUAGCUGAUUUACUAAAUGUUUUAGCGGAUUUCUUGCUCAAAUUUAUAUAAAUAGAAUUAUGGCUACCUUGUGCUGAUUGGGAAGAUUGCUUUGAUGAUUCCCUUAUCAUCUCGCUUUUUUUAAUGUUUGUUAAACUCUUUGAUUUAUUUAUUUAUAAAGCUUUUUCAAUAUAAUGGGCGAGUUUGUUUUCUUCAAGCUAUAUUAUCUUAAUAAUAGAUAUUAAUUAAAGUGAAGUAAGUCUUUAUUUUGAAAAAGUACUUUUUGUUUGACGAAUAAUUAAUCUUCUUUUUGACUUUCUUUUGUUUAUUUAUUAUCAAAAAAGUGAGCGUUUAAUUCUUCUUCUUUUUAGGAUAAGUCUUUUAUUCUGUUUUUUUCUUUAAUAUUUUUUAAGAAUUUUAUUACAAACGAUCAAUCAAUCAAUCAAUUAAAUAAUAUCUUGCAUAAUAAUUGAAAGAAAUUAAGUAAGAUUUUGAUGCGGUAAUAUUGAUAAUCUUUACCCUUCCCCUUAUUUGCAUUAAAUUUUUGUUUAUUGAAUUAUCAAUAAGCAAUACUUCUUUUUCAUAAGCAAUUUCUCUUAACAAAAUAGUAAAAAUACAUACAACCUAAAGAUUUUUUUUCUGUUUUUGA